UCGAAUUUGUUUAUAAGAUUUGAUAUUAUUUAUUUAUUAAAUAGCAUGAAAAAUCUGUGGACAUGCCCCCACAACUUUCAAAUGGCCAGCACUAUGUGGAAAGUGCGCGUGUUUAUAUGAGAAGGGACUCCUCCAUUCUGAUUAAAUGCUGCCUGUGCAAUGCAGACACUUUUGCUGGUGGCAAGUGGGAGGAUUUCAAGAGACACCUGAUUCAAGGACACGGCGGAGCCCGCCAGUCGGAUGAAGAUAUGGAUGAGAUCCAGGACGAGGUGCAGAUAGAGCUGACCAACCUCUUAGAAGCGGGCAUUGGUCAAGAAUCCCAGUUGGGAGGAGAGCAGAAGGAGGAAUUGUUUACCAAUGUGGAGUUCCUAGAUGAGGAGGAGGAAGCCAUAGAACUAAACAGCUCAUCGGAUGAAGGGCAGGAUCAGGAUGAACCUAGGAGGAGUGGCCACCAUGACUUCAUCCUCAAUAAACCAAAUAAGCCCUUUUAUAGUUUGCAGCACACUAGUCCCGGAAUCAUUCAGUAUUUUAUAGAGCUCCUGCGCCGGCAGGAGUAUCUCUGGAGCAGCCACCAUGGAAUCAACAGAAAGGAUCGCUUGGAGAGCUCCAAAAAAGUGGCACAGGCGCUGUCCCACCGGUUUGGGUGCCACUUGCAGCCACAGUUAGUUAACGCCAGUGCUCGAUUCCUGCAAGUCUGGUUCGAACGACAGUACGUGAUGCAACUGAGCAACUCUGACUUUCGGUGCCGCCACCCAAAGUACUACCACAGCCUCCUGAGAUUCAUGCCCACUAGCCAUAUCUCGGUGACCAUUUGCGAGGAGUGCGACCGGCGUUGCCUCAACGAGCGUCAGCUACGGCUACACAAGUUUCGAUUGCAUGGUGGACCAAAUCCGAAUACAUGCCAUGUGUGCCACCAGGGCUUUCCGCUCGCCUCAAAGCUGCAACAGCACAAGGCGCGCUACCACUUUAAGCCGCAGGAGUGGCAGUGCAGCAGAUGCGACUACAAUGCACCUUCCAAGUGGGACUUUCAGCAGCAUCAGGCCAUGCACGCCGGACAGAGGAACUACACCUGCGAGGUGUGUGGGCACAGCUGCAAGACCAGCUCCGCCUUGGCAGUCCAUCGGCGCACGCACGACCAGCCGAGAUUACAAUGUCCCCAAUGCGACCGGCAAUUCCGAGAGAAUUACACCUUGAAGAGGCACAUCCGUAAAAUCCACGAGGGCGACAAUGCGCGGAGGUUUUCCUGCAGCAUUUGCUCGAGAAGAUUCCAAGCGAAGGAGAUGCUAGAGCUGCAUGAGUUGGUUCACUUCCAGAGGGAAGAAAAGGAAUCGCAUGAGACUGAAGAUCCGGAGGCACUAGAUUCACCCUUUAACUAAGUACGAAUAAGAACAACACAAGUUAUUUGAAGACUGAAUCUUAGUUGAUAAUAAUAUAAGUUUUAAAAUGAAUUAUAGCUUAACAGACUUA